CCGAGCCCCGAAGCGCUCCCGGCGACGGCGGCGGCGGCAGCAGCACCACACACCCCUCGAGCUGCAAGUUUGUCUAAAGGUGCUGAGAAGUGAGGAGUAUGAUUUGAAAGUUUCGUUGGAUCCAGGGCUGGAAAAAGACGGAGCUGACCUUACUGGCUUCACUCUUGAGGGCUGUUUUAAACUGAAGAAGAGGAGAAUUGCAAGCCACCUUUCAGUCUGUUUGGACUCCCUGUUUACCGAAGAGAGAUGGAGAUGCCAUUAAGCACAAAAGGGAUCACUACUGUGUGCCUGCUUCUCUUUGUAUUAAGUUUGGCAGCAGCCAUUGAAAUACCGCUUUCUGUGCGACAGCUCCCAACAAUCACAGCCCAAUCAACUGAUCAAGUUGCAUUCCCUUUUGAUGAAGAGUUUACAAUCAAGUGUGAAGCUAAAGGGAACCCUCACCCAACCUUUAACUGGACAAAAGAUGGGAAACCAUUCGAUCUACUAAGCCACUCAAGGAUAAUUCCAUCCAACAAUUCAGGAACAUUUGUUAUUAAGAACCGUGGCAACAUAACCAUUUUUCAAGGAAAGUAUCGUUGCAAUGCUUCGAAUGAGUUGGGAAGUUCGAUAUCAGAAGAAAUAGAACUUAUAGUUCCAGGUACUCCGAAAUUUCCCAAAGAGAAGAUUAACCCUAUAGAUGUAGAGCAUGGUGAUCCAAUGGUCUUGCUCUGUAAUCCUCCCAAAGGAAUCCCACCGUUGCACAUUUAUUGGAUGAACAUUGAUUUGCAGCACAUCCCACAAGAUGAAAGGGUUUCCAUGAGCCUUAAGGGAGAUCUUUACUUUGCAAAUGUGGAUGAAAAUGACAGCCGGAGUGAUUAUUGCUGCUUUGCUGCAUUUCCGAGACUAAGGACUAUUGUGCAGAAAAUGCCAAUGACAAUGACAGUUACACGUUCAAAACAUACUAAUGAUUCCAGUUCACCUAAUACUGCUAAGGCAAAUUUAAUCAAGGAAAGGAAACCAAAAUUGGUUAUCCCCGAAUCUUCUGGCCACAGUUCAGAAGUGACUGUCAUGAAAGGAAUGGAUCUUUUUCUGGAAUGCAUUGCUGAAGGACUUCCAACACCACAUCUAAUCUGGAGAAGGGUUGAUAGAGACAGAGCUGACAGAGGAGUUGUUGAAAAUUACGGGAAGAUAUUGAAGAUAGAACAAGUCACUGCAGAUGAUGCAGGGAUCUAUGAGUGCAUAGCCAGAAAUGAUUUGGGAGAAACAAAACAUGAGUUCACUGUUGGUGUUGAAGAGCCACCCACAUGGGUAGUGAAACCAAAAGGUGGGGUUUACAGUAAAGGUGGAAGUUUUGUAUUGUUCUGUCAAGCUAUUGGCUACCCUGAGCCAACAAUAAAGUGGAAAAGGAAUGGCUUUCCUCUUGAAGAAACAAAAUCCAGCCGAGCUGCUUUUUCAACAAGGGAGAUCAGCAUCACUAACCUAGAGCUCAAAGACACUGCGGUGUUCCAGUGUGAGGCUACCAACAAGCAUGGCACCAUCCUUGCCACAGCAAACAUUGAUGUUCUUGAAAUCCCUCCAGAAAUACUGACUCCAGAUGGUGAAGAGUAUGUUGCAGUUGUGGGUUAUGCGAGUUACCUGUACUGUCAGUUUUUUGCAGUGCCUUCACCUGAUAUUUCUUGGACUAAAGAUGACAGCAUGAAACAUCUGGACGCCGAUCAAAAUGGAACCCUGGAGAUCAGAAUUACAAGGAAGGAAGAUGCCGGGUCUUAUACUUGCAUGGUGAAAAAUUCUGCUGGGAGACGUGGUCUCACUGCUACUCUCACUGUCAGAGAUGCCACCAAAAUUUCUGUUAUGCCUAAGAAUCCACAAGUUUUGAAAUCACGCUCGGUUUUAUUGAAAUGUCAUUCUGAGUAUGACCCACAUUUGAAACGACACUUUAAAAUUUCAUGGAGGAAGGAUGGGAAGGAGCUGGACAAGAAUGACACUGAAGAUGGGAGAAUAAUUAUUGAGAUGAAUACAUUGUUUAUACCAAAUGUGGAAAUAGAAGAUCAGGGAGUGUACACCUGUGUAGGCAGCACAUCUCUUGACAGUGCUACAGAUGAUACCCGCAUCACUGUCCUCCACAUCCCUGACCCACCACAAGACCUCCACCUCUCAGAAAAGCAGAACAGAAGUGUGAGGUUGUCGUGGACUGCUGGGAGCAGUAAUAAUAGCCCAAUUAAUGAAUCAAUUGUGGAAUUUGAAGAGAACCGAUGGGAGCCCAGAAAGUGGCAGGAAUUAAUCAGGCUCCCAGGGAAUGAUACUACAGUUGUUUUACCACUUGCCCCUUAUGUAAAUUACCAAUUCCGUGUUAUAUCUGUUAAUGCCGUGGGGAGAAGCCAGCCUAGCGAGCUAUCAGAACGAUAUGAAACGCCUCCAGCAGCUCCAGACAAGAACCCGGAAAAUAUCAGAGUUGAAACUUCUAAACCACACGAGAUGAACAUGACAUGGGAGCCAUUAAAGCCCAUGGAGCAAAAUGGACCAGGCCUGGAAUACAAAGUAAACUGGAGACAGCAGGAUGUUGAUGAAUGGGAAGAAGAAACCGUGCAAAAACAUUUCUUGAUAUUGAAGAACACCCCCACCUUUGUACCUUAUGAUAUCAAAGUCCAGGCAGUGAAUAACCUUGGGUCUGGUCCUGAACCCAAUAUAAUAACUGGGUAUUCAAGUGAAGACAUUCCAGAAGCAGCUCCUUCUAAUGUAAUAGUGCAUGUCAUCAACAGUACUCUGGCUAAAGCCAUCUGGUCUACAAUUCCAAAGGACAGAGUUCGUGGGCAUCUCAAAGGCUAUAAGGUCACCUGGUGGAAAGUACGAAGUCGCCUGGAUGGAAAAAGUCAUCACCCUGAGAAACACUCCUUGUCAUUUAAGGCAGACCGAAACGAUGGAAUGAUUCCUGGUCUGGAGCCCUUUAGUGAAUAUCGCUUAACAGUUUUGGCUUUUAAUUCCAAAGGAGCUGGACCGGAAAGCCUCACAUAUGAAUUCCAAACCCCAGAGGGAGUCCCGGAAAAACCACACUUUCUAAAGAUUCUAAACUUCGAUAAAGAUUCAGUAACACUGUCAUGGGGACCACCUAAGAAACCAAAUGGGAUUGUCACUGGAUACAUUUUACAGUACCAGAGAAUUAAUGAAACUGAUGACAUUGGGCCCUUGCAUGAAAUCAAUAUUACCAACCCUUCAUCAUUCAGCUUCAGGCUUUCAAAUCUGAGCAUCAGCACAAAGUAUAAGUUCUAUGCAAGGGCCUGUACAAUAGAAGGUUGUGGGAAACCAAUAACAGAGGAAGGAAUAACAAUAACCGAAGGCAGUAAAGCUGUCGGGAAGAUUUCUGAAGCACUAAAUCCCACCCCAAAGACUCAGCCUCUUGAGGCACUUGAGCCUGGAACUGCGUACACAGUUCGACUAGUGACUAAGCAUUGGGUUGAUAAUAAUAGCAUUUCUGCAGAUGUAAUUGAGACAAGGGGGAGAGCUUAUGCUGGAAUUUAUGAAAAAAUCUCCACACAAGGCUGGUUUAUUGGACUGAUGGGUGCCAUUGCUUUGCUUACCUUAUUGUUGCUCACAGUGUGCUUCGUUAAAAGGAACAAAGGAGGGAAAUAUUCAGUGAAAGAAAAAGAAGAUUUGCAUCCAGAUCCUGAAGGCCAAUCCAUAAAAGAUGAAAUCUUUGGCGAAUAUAGUGACAGUGAUGAAAAGCCACUCAAAGGAAGCCUGCGGUCUCUUGACAUGGACAUUAAAGGUGCAGAGAGUGCUGAUAGUUUGGUGGAUUAUGGAGACGGGGAGCACAGAAUGUUCAACGAAGACGGUUCAUUUAUUGGUGCUUACACCGGAUGUAAGGAAAAAGCAUCGGCUGAAAGCAUUGGGAGUUCUACAGCAACCUUUCCUCUCCAUGCAUAAAAUACUAGCAUGAAUGAUUCAUUUCAAAUCACCAUAUUUAUCUUUACUAGUCAUCAAAUAUCAUACAAGUCAGAAGUAGGCUGCAGAAAAGUUCAAGACCUCGAUAUCCAGCCUAUAUAGAAAUAGGCAUUUGACUUCAAAAGCUGGUUUUGUUUUGUUUUUUGGAAAUUCUUCCUCCUUCUCCUCAUCAAGACACAGGCAUUUUUAUUUCAUUACAAUAUGACUCAGAACUAAAAUUUGGUAAGACAUAU